AUUUUUGGCAGAAGAAUUAAAACAAUCUCAAAGGAAUCAUAGAAGUCUCUAAUUAUGUCAUUUUCUUACUGCUAGAUAAAAGGCUUUUCACUCUUAGCCUCUGAUUUCUCUCUCUCUCUCUCUCUUGCUGUCUCUCACUUUUUCUCUGUAUGCUCUCUGUGUCGCUCUCUCUCACAUGUACACCCCUACACACUUCAUUUGCGAUCUCCUUGUUUUGAAGGUUUCAAUUCACGUCCUCCAGAGCGUCAAGUUGGCAGGCGUCUCUUUAUGAUUUUGUAAUGAUUAACUUUGUGUCCAUAAAAAGCAUGGAGAAACAAAGAACUCUGGGACGAGCAAAAGAAGAACUGAAGAGAAGAAAACAUCCUCCACAGGUCUGGUCUGUUCAAGUUGAAAUGCGGAACAGUUAACAAUGGAGUUCACAGUUUUGCUCUUCCUUUUUCCUGCGUUUAUGCUCACAAUGCAAGACUCAGUAAAAUUGGAGGUGAGCCCCAAGAUAUUCGCAGAGUGUGGCAAACCAGUUUCCCUUCACUGCAACUCAUCAUCACCUCAGCAUGGACUAUCAGUGAAAUACAUGGAGUGGUCCCAUGGCAACAUGUCUUUAUGUUCGGUGGACAGCGAACAAACAAUAACCAAAUUGCAAAGACACUUUCAAAGUGACUUCGACUGCAAGUACGAAGAUGGACGACUAUCCCUGGUGUUUGAAAGAAUGCUGCCUCUGCAGAGCGGAGAAUACAGGUGCAAAUUGCGCUCCAACAAAGGAGUGGCAAAUGAAUGCACAAAGGUGCAGCUGCAAGAGUUCUGUGGGAAAGUGGAAGCUGUUUUAAGGAGUCAUGGUCCAUCCUGCAGAUUCAACCACGUCUAUCCAGAUGGGAAUGUGCACUGGUUUCAUGACUCUCGUAACGUCUCAGACGAAUCCGUGAUGCAGCACACUGCUAAAAGCAUCGAUAGCCAUGGCUGGAUGACCAUACACAGUUGGUUGACCCUAAACGGUACAUCAGAGAGAAGUUCACACAAGCCAUAUAACUGUUCUUUGAAAAGUUCUACUUCUGGGAAAUACAUUGCAAGUACUUUAGUUCAGAAACAUGAACGUCGGGCUGUUCAAGGUGCUAUAGGGUACAGCCGUUGUGCAGGAAACAGAGAGAAAUCACUGCAAGCUGGGAAGAUUACUUUGGCUAUUUUAGUCCCACUCAUUUCCAUGUUAACAUAAUGAACAGUGCAAAGUAAAAACUCACUCUGGAGAAUGAUAAAACGUCAGAGUGAAUGAUUCGUAAUCUGUACCAUCAUUAAUAAGAUGGUACUCAGAAUCUAUUAAAGAACUAUGGCAACCAAACAGAUGGGUGAGUCAUCUUGCCAGGAUGGCAUAUUUCUAAUUCUACCUUUUAAUUCUUGGCUCAGGUAAACAAGAAAAUUACAGGCUGUUCAAAUGUGAUAACAAGGAAGCGGAUCAUUUUAAACUAUAAAAGCACUUGGCUUCUAGAGAGCUUUAGAUGAGGGAACAGGGCUUGUUGGUUUUCAACACACAACUUGGAAUACACCUAUAGAAAGCGCACUUUAACAGUCUGACUGCUAUAAACUAAAUGAAUGUCAGACUAAUGAGUUUUGAUAGCCAUGCAGUGCGGGAAAUAAGUAUUUUUCGAGCUUGCCUGCUUAAAAAUGUAGAGGUCUAUAAUUCUGAGGUAAGGUGAUUAAUUGUAGAUACACUCCAACUUUUUAAACAGCAUCUAAAAUAUAUAGAAAAUUUGCAUUCUAUGGUUGAUAGAUAUUUGAUCAAUUACCAACCAGCAAGACGUCAGGCUUUCACAAAUCUGUUAGUUCAUCUUUAAAAAACCCUCCUAUGGUCCAUUCAUUACCUGCAUUAAUUACAUCUGUUAGGACUUGUUACCUGUAUAAAUGACAAAUGUUCACUUUGAGGUUGGGGUCUCAAUCAGACCCCAACCUCUCCACCAUGGGCAAAACCAAAGAGAUGUCUAAAGAUCAAAGAAAUCUGUGGCAUAUCAAAUACUUAUUUCCUGCACUGUAAGUCUUCAGAUCAUGUAUCAUUUUAAUAAUAUGCAUUGCAUUGCAUAUGCUGAGGUAAUAAUAAUGUGGGUGAUUGACUCCACUGUAUGUCACUCUCAGAUGGACAGACAUAGAGGAUAAAAUACUUAUUAGGAGGACACAUGCAAUGUAAUUGAUCAGACCUGUUUGUGGUAUGCAGAACGAUGCUGCCCUCUGGUGGUCCAAUAAUUUGUAGCAUCAAAUUAAAACAAUAGAAAUUGGUGUUUCAUUUAUGAAAAACUAGUGCAUGCUUGAGCGUUGCAGUCAUCAUAGGUUCAUGUGUGAUUUCGUAUUGUUCACCAAAUUACAUUCCAGUAACAAUAUAGACGUUAAAAAUUUAUUAGUAACAUAAUUUCCCUAUUUAUUUAUAUUUUUGAUUAACUCACCAGCAGACUAUGCUACACUGAUGAACCAGUGGUUACAAAGGAAACAUUUUGGACUUAUAAGUAGUUCUACUGAGUAGUAUACUCAUUGAAAUCCACUAAUCAAACCUAAAACAGUUUGUCACAAGUCUCUGUUAUAGCUAAUUAGUUUCCUUUUUAAUUUGAAUUUUAAACUAGCGCAGUUGAAUAGUGAAGUGAUGAUGCACUGUUUGACAGCUGGGAUCAAUUGGAAUGUAUGUGUGGUUAACAUGAGAUGAUUUUUCGUAAAAUGCCUUGACAUGACAUUUGUUGUGAAAUAGCAAAAAAUGAAUAAACUGAAUUAAGUAAAAAAAUAUUUCGUAUUUGCAAAGUUAAAGGUAUUUGAUUUUGAUAUUUGAUCCAAUUGGCACUAAUCAUUUUAAAUUGAACUGAUUAUAUAAAAAAAUAUUGGUUAAAUAAAACUGACAGUAAAUAUAUACAUUUAAACAUACAGUGGUGCUGCUGUACCUGAUUUUUGCCCUUGUAUGGUCUAAUAUUUCUCCAACAGCCUGAUUUUCUUUGCUAGACCACAAAUCAACAUGAAUAAUGAUUGUAAUAUACAGUGUCCAAACUAAAAUUAUAUUAUUAGCCUGGCUGAUACAAAAGUAGAUAAGUAGCAAGGAAACAUUGUUUAGUACUCUUGGAAAAUAUUGUAAAAUUCCUUGUUAGAACUGAAAAAACAAAACACAACUAAGUGGCCAAUCACAUUAGUGCAGCUGUCGUGGGUGAACUGCAAAUACACCCACAAUUUAAAUGCUUUUCAAGAUUCCCAAAGAAUCACAUGCCAGGUCUUAUACGUAUUUGGUUUGAAGAAAUUUAAGAGAGCAUUUGAAUGAUGGAGAAUUUGAUAUGGAUUGAUGUAGAUAAAUAGGAUCGUUUUAUAUCCAUUUGCAAAUUUACUUUUGCAAAUUUCGCUGACUGUUUGAGACAGUCAGCGAAGGUAAAAUAAAAUUUUUAAUAGGCCUUCACCAUGAGACAAAUGUAGCUUCAGGAUAAAAGCUCUUAUUUUCCAACGCCUCAGUGCUCCUUGGUCAAGCCAUGAUAGCUCUCUGCUGGUGAUGUCACUGAAUAAAGGUAAAGAUUGAGCUUUUAAAGGCCAGAUUAGUCACACACAUUGGAUAUGGCAAGACUGUAGAGGAGCUCAGAGUCACUGUGAGGAAAUACUUCAAGGUGACUUUUACCAGUGCAAGGUGCACAGAUGCCUCCUCAUACAGACCUAACAAUCAAACUAAUGUUGAACCCAGAUCUCCUAAUGGUUUCACUUUGAAAGUCAUUUUUUAUUUCUAAACAAGUUUCAUCAAUAUCCAACCACCAAUAUCCAACCAGAUAUGUUUUUGAUUUCUGGGCUUAAUUUGUGCAAAGAGGGAAUUUAAUCAAGAAUAAAUUACUUAAUCUUGUAAUUAAAAAAAAUAUUAUGUUGCAUGUUUUCUGAUUGUUAUUUUUUUAUUUUGCAUAUAUUUUUUAGUUUUACCUAAAUAAUGUGUGUAACUGCUGUGAUUCUUACUUCUGAAGACAUGAGAAAUUAGUUCUGUUUUAUUUUCUCCUAAAUAACUUUAUACCACUGGAUGCAAAACUGUAUAAUAUUUUGUGGCUUAAAAUGUCAUUCAAACUUAGGGAGAUAAUCAAUAAUCGAUAAAGCCAUAUUCUAAACAUUGUUAAUUGUAAAGUAGAAAAUGUGUGAAAGAUGUGUGAAACAUAAUUUGAUCCUUAAAUAAAUCUUGAAUUAGCUUUAAGAAAACUUGUAUAACAUUUUGCUGUGGUUCAAAAUCAAUCAGCCUUUAAAAGAGUUUUUCAAUUUUAAAUCUGCUGAUGCUUUCCUGAAAUGUUUCACAAUGAUAAGUUGCAUCAGUAAUUUUUUUUACAGUGCCUGACUGAAAUGAUAGACAAAUUUCAUAUCAAUUUUGUAAAUUCCUAUUCAUGUUUAGCAUUAGCGGAACUUACUUACAAUGUGAGGAAAAACCAACUAGAGAUGGACUCAUGGCAUGAGGUGAUAGACAUCGUCCUUGGAAAAAUAUUUUCACAGCCUCUUUCUUAGCUGGCACAAAUAAAAGACUGACCGAUUAUCUGUGGAUAAGUGUGCUUCCUUUCACUGAUGCCAUGCAGAAAUAAAGUAUUCUGGCAACACUAA